AUGCCGGUGCUGACCAAUGCUAGCGGAGCUGCGCCGCCCGUCGUGGGCGUGCUGGGCGGCGGCCAACUGGGCCGCAUGAUGGCCGACUCGGCCCACCGCCUCGGUCUGCAAGUGAUCGUGCUGGAUCCGCUCGGUGCCGAGUCACCGGCCGGCCAGACUGGCCUCAAGGCCGUGGCCGGCAGCUUCACCAAGGAGGAAGACAUCGCCAAACUGGCCGAGCAGUGCGACGUGCUGACGGUGGAGAUCGAGCACGUGAACGCAGCUUUCCUGCAGCAACUGCAGGACGACAAAACGGCCAAGUUGCAGGGCGUGCACCCGGCCCCUGCCACCAUCGCGCUCAUCCAGGACAAGUAUCAGCAGAAACAGUUCUUCGCCCAAGUACAAGGCGUCGAUGUGGCUCCGUUCGAGAUCGUCACGUCGCUGCAGGCUGCUCGCCAAGUUGGCAGCAAGUUUGGCUACCCGUUCAUGCUUAAGUCGCGUCGUUUCGCGUACGACGGCCGAGGUAACGCGGUUGUCAAGAGUGAACAGGACCUUGUGGACGCUUUCGAGAAGCUCGGAGCCAAGCUGCUUGCCAAGGAAGACGCUGAUGUGGACGCCACGCUAUUGGCGGAAGAAGAGGCCAAACUCUACGCGGAGAAGUGGGUGCCGUUCGUCAAAGAACUGGCCGUCAUGGUCGUCAAGGGUGCAGACGGCGACGUCCGUGCCUACCCUGUUGUGGAGACGACCCAGCGUGACAGCAUUUGUGAUACGGUGCUGGCUCCCGCACAGAUCCCGGAGACUGUUGCCAAGCGUGCAGGUGAAAUGGCUCAGACUGCCGUCGCGCAGCUGGAAGGCCGCGGUAUCUAUGGCGUGGAGCUGUUCUUAACUGCUACGGGUGAAGUGCUCCUGAACGAGAUCGCUCCACGCCCCCACAACUCGGGCCACUACACAAUCGAAGCCUGUGAGACGGACCAGUUCGAACAACACCUGCGUGCUAUCGCUGGCCUACCGUUGGGCAGUUGUGCGUUGCGUGUGCCGGCUGCGCUGAUGGUGAAUGUGCUGGGUGAUGCUACGUCAUCCGAGGACGUGAGCUUCUCACUGCUUCGCAACAGUUUGAGUAUCCCUGGCGCUGCUGCUCACUUUUACGGCAAGGCUGGCGUGCGUCCUGGACGGAAGCUAGGACACGUCACAAUCACUGCGCCGAACCUCGAGGAACUGACCAAGCGUGCUACUGCCCUCUCUCCGGAGGCUGCUAAGAGCUCAGGGCUUCUGAAGCAGGAGCGCAAGCCGCUCGUUGGCAUUGUCAUGGGAUCGGAUUCUGACCUACCCUCCAUGGCUGCUGCCGCUGACAUGUUGGAAAAGUUUGGCGUGCCGUACGAGCUUUCGAUUGUGUCUGCUCACCGCACACCGGCGCGUAUGUAUGAAUACGCCCAAAACGCAGCCAGCCGUGGCCUCAAGGUGAUCAUUGCUGGUGCCGGUGGUGCUGCUCAUCUUCCGGGUAUGAUUGCUGCUUUGACUCCUCUGCCUAUCAUCGGUGUCCCGGUGAAGACGUCGACACUCAACGGUGAAGACUCGCUCUUGAGUAUUGUGCAGAUGCCGCGUGGUGUACCCGUUGCCACUGUUGCUAUCGGGAACUCCACGAACGCCGGUCUGCUGGCCGUUCGCAUUCUCAGCGCCGGGGACUCGUCUCUCAUCGAUGCCAUGGCGACGUUCCUGGACACGCAGAAGCGUGAGGUGGAUGACAAGAUCGAGAAAAUGGCUACUAGCGGCUGGAAGGAGUACCUCCAGAACAUGAAGAAGCACUAG